AUGUCUAUUUUGUUUCUUUUUGUUUCCUUGAAAGUCCUGUCAGCGGCCAGUGCGCAGGAGCCUGAUCUUGCCCACGGCUGUACCCAUGGAAGUUGUUACCCUGCAACUGGUGACCUCUUGGUGGGUCGAGAGACGAACUUGAAAGCUUCAUCCACCUGUGGCUUACGGAGGAGAGAACCCUACUGCAUUGUCAGCCAUCUGCAGGAAGAAAAGAAGUGUUUCCACUGUGAUUCACGGCGACCUUAUGAUCCUUAUUCCAACCCUGUAAGUCACCGCAUCGAAAAUGUCAUCACCACCUUCAAACCGCACCGCAAGAAGUCCUGGUGGCAGUCUGAGAAUGGGAAGUCUGACGUUUAUCUUCAGCUGGACCUGGAGGCAGAGUUUCACUUUACUCAUCUCAUCAUGACUUUUAAGACGUUCCGUCCAGCGGCCAUGUUGAUUGAGCGAUCCGCAGAUUUUGGCCGAACCUGGCAGGUGUACCGUUACUUCGCCUUCGACUGUGAGUCCACCUUCCCGGGAAUUUCCCAAGGUCCACUUCGUAAGGUUGAUGAUAUUAUCUGCGAGUCCAGAUAUUCUGACAUUGAGCCAUCGACAGAAGGAGAGGUGAUUUAUCGUGUUCUUGACCCUGCUAUCCAGAUCGAAGACCCUUACAGCCCUAACAUUCAGAUUUGUGAAUGUAGUUUGGAGGGCUCCCAGAGCCGAUUCUGUGACCAGUACUCAGGACAGUGUCUAUGCCGGGCUGGUGCAUUUGGUCAGCGCUGUGAUGGUUGUCAGGUUGGACACUGGGGCUUCCCAAACUGCAUGCCGUGUGAAUGUAAUGGACAUGCUGACGAGUGCCACCAGAGGACUGGAGCCUGUCCACGUUGUGACGAAUGUGCUCCGGGUUAUUACGGCGACCCCUCUAAGAUCGGUGGACGGUGCCAACCUUGUCGUUGCAGUAACAACAUUGAUCUAUCAGAUCCUGAGGCAUGUGACAAACGUACUGGCCAGUGUCUCAAGUGCCUGUACAACACCGAAGGACCGGACUGUGGUGUGUGCAAGAGCGGAUACUAUGGAGAUGCUUCCCGCCGCAACUGCCGGAAGUGCACCUGCAACUUCUUGGGCACAGAGCGCAGUCAGUGUCUGUCUCGAGAUGAAUGUGUGUGCCAGCGUGCCACAGGACAGUGUCAAUGUCUGCCUCAUGUUAUUGGACAAACCUGUGAUCACUGUGCUCCUAAUUACUGGAACCUGGCGAGUGGACAAGGCUGUGAGACCUGUGGCUGUGACCCCAACAACGCCUACACAUCUGCCUGUAAUGAGUUCACAGGUCAGUGCCAGUGCCGUGUUGGGUUUGGAGGGAAGACCUGUAAAGACUGCCAGGAGAACCACUGGGGUGACCCAAGAGUACUGUGCCGAGCAUGUGACUGCGACCCCCAGGGCAUCGAGUCAUCUCAGUGCACCCGUGUGACUGGUCAUUGCGAGUGCAAGCAGGGAGUUUCUGGUGUCCGCUGUGAUCAAUGUGCCCGUGGUUUCUCUGGCACCUUCCCUGAAUGCAAGCCUUGCCACCAGUGCUUUGGGGACUGGGACCGGAUCGUUCAGGAUCUGGCAACCAGAACUAAAGUGCUCACAGAUCGAGCCAAGGAGCUUCAGACUACUGGCUUGACCCGAGCCUUCGAGAGAAAAUUUAAGGAGUUGGAGGACAUGCUGGCACAGGUGCGGGACAUUGUUAAUGCCCGCAAUGCCACUGCUGAGGCUGUGACCACUCUGAUGGGCAUGAUCGAGGAUCUCAGAGCUCAGAUCGGUGAGACCACGGACACAUUGAACCAGCUGGAAGGAGACCUGACCGCUGUGCAGGACAGUAACUAUGAGGCCAGUAAUGCAUUAAGUACCCUGGAGAGAGAAGCAAAAGAACUCGACCUGAACUCAGAUCAGCUUAACCGUCAGCUUGACAUCCUCAAGAACUCUAACUUCUUGGGUGCAUAUGACAGCAUCCGGGCCUCGUACAACAAGUCACGUGAUGCAGAGCACCGCACCAACAGAUCUACCACUGACAUUCCCAGCACAGUGAGCCAAUCGGCAGGCACCCGCAAGAAAACAGAGCGACUUAUUGCCCAAAAGAGAGACGAUUUUAACCGCAAAAAUGCUGCCAACAAACGGACGCUCACAGACUUAAAUGCUAAAGCUCAGAAUUUGGACAUAAAGAAAAUCAAUGAAAAGAUAUGUGGAGCACCGGGUGACGCUCCAUGCGUGGACAGUCCUUGUGGCGGUGCUGGUUGUCGUGAUGAUGAAGGCAAGCGCCACUGUGGUGGCCUGAAUUGCAAUGGAGCUGUUGCAGUGGCCAACAAUGCCCUGGAUAGAUCCAAGCAUGCAGAAAAAGAGUUGGAUAAAGCUAUGGGAGUAGUGGAAGAGCUUUUUAAGCAGGUGGCAGAUGCUAAGACCAAGGCUCAGGAAGCUAAGGAUAAAGCCCAGGCAGCUUUGGAAAAAGCUAGUGAUACCAAAAAUAAGGUGGAUCAUUCUAACAACGACCUGAGGGACCUCAUCAAACAAAUUCGGGAUUUCCUCAUGCAGGAGGGGGCAGAUCCUGACAGCAUUGAGGCGGUGGCCAAUCGGGUGCUGGAGCUGUCAAUUCCUGCUUCUCCCAGGCAGAUUCGACACCUCGCAGAUGAGAUUAAAGACCGUGUCAAGAGCCUGUCCAAUGUGGACGCCAUUCUGGAACAGACCCAGAAUGACGUCCUCAAAGCAGAAAAGCUGCUGCUGGAUGCCAAGAAAGCCAGGAAUAAGGCAGAGGGAGUAAAGAACACAGCUGAGAGUGUGAAAAAGGCCCUGAAUGAUGCCAGCCGGGCUCAGACAGCUGCAGAAAAGGCCAUUCAGAAAGCUAAAAAUGACAUCGGCUUAACUCAGAACCGACUAGCACAGAUCCAAUCAGAGACCACAGCUCGUGAGAGGGAUCUUAAUGAUGCUAUGGACAGGCUGGGAGAUCUGGGGCGCCAAAUAGAGGCCUUAAAGACCAAACGUGCCAACAACAGCCUGGACGCAGCACGGGCAGAGGAGACGGCCACCAUGGCCCGCGACAAGGCCAAUGAAGCUAAAGAGAUCCUGGACGGCGAGCUGUCCGAUAAGUAUCGUACUGUUCAGGGCCUGAUGGAAAAUAAGGCGAAGACAAUACGGGACGCUAAGCAGAAAGCAGAGCUCCUGAGAGAUGAAGCCAAGGAGCUGCUAAAGGAUGCCCAGGAUAAACUGCAGAGGCUGGCAGAGCUAGAAAAGGACUAUGAGGAAAACCAGAAGGUAUUGGAAGGAAAAGCCAGGCAGCUGGAUGGCCUGGAAGAUAAAAUGAAGGCAAUCCUGAAUGCCAUCAAUAAGCAGAUUCAGAUCUACAACACCUGUCAAUAACCGGUCACAGGAAGCAAAGCCCAACAGCUGGACUGCUGCUGUCUCUGAAAGUUCACUACUGUCUGAACGGAUCUGUCAUUUGACUCUUUUCCCAGGCUGCUACAGUUUUUGCCAACAAACCUACAAGACGAUGCCAGACUGCUACCAGAUGCGAUGUCUGGAACAAAUGUAUGUAAUGUAAUGUAAUGAAGGGCUACUGUUAUAACAACACUACAUUAACAUAUUUUCAUUCUGGAAUUGAAUGCAAUGCAGAUGUUCGUGUGUGUUGUAAGGCAGAGCAGUAUUCUACUUUCUUGUUGUUAGAAAUCUGCUUGUAAAAUACUGAAUACAGUAUGAGGAAGAUACUGAGUUUGCUUGAAUGUAAGAGACACUGAAUCGUGGCACAGAUGUUUUAUUGUAUAGAUUUUCUGCUAGCCCUUUUUCUUUUAAAACAGGUAUAGCUUGGUACUUUAUUAACAUUCAUUUUCUAAUGAGAAAAUACACAUUUGUUGUCUUUUGAGGAAUUAGUUUCUAUAAUAGGCUGAAUGUCUAAGAGAAAUUACUGUAAGAAUGAACUUACAAAGACAUUAGGCUAUUAUAUGAAGUAAAAUGA